UCGUUGUCAAGCAAUAUAAAUACAAAAACUGUCAUAAUUAUGAAUGUCCAAAUUAUCAGUUUAUUGAGCUGUACGUACAAGUUAUCAGAUACUCCAGUCCUGUGUGUUGUCCAUCCUUGUCGUGGAAAAUGCUCAAGUGGUCUGUGUGCUGAUUAUGAGUAGCCAGCACCUGCGGACAACUUUCAAUUCAAAGGAGGACUACACCACCAUACUCGACAGCCUCAAGCAGGAGUUUGAGCAGCGCUGGCAAGCCCAAGAACCGUCGCCCUACACCAACCUAGAGAGCUAUGUGCAGCGCGCCGUUCUUGGCAAUGGCAGCUUUGGCACUGUAUUGCUAGUCAGGGAGAAGAAGGGCAAGAAUUAUUAUGCAGCUAAGAUGAUGAAUAAGGAGGACCUGGUGCGACUAAAACAGGUCAAUCACGUUCACAAUGAGAAGACCGUAUUGAACUCUGUACGAUUCCCAUUUCUGGUCCAUCUAAUUGAUGCCACCAAGGACUUUGAUUAUCUAUAUCUGGUGCUGCCAUUUAUCAAUGGCGGCGAGUUGUUCACCUACCAUCGCAAAGUGCGGAAGUUUAAUGAGAAGCAGUCCCGCUUCUAUGGAGUCCAGGUGCUGCUCGCCCUCGAGUACCUGCAUCACAUGAGUCUCAUGUAUCGAGACCUUAAGCCAGAGAAUAUUCUGAUGGAUGCUCGUGGCUAUAUCAAAGUGACAGAUUUCGGCUUUACCAAGCGUGUGGACAACCGUACUUCGACGCUUUGUGGCACUCCAGAGUAUUUGGCGCCAGAAAUUAUUCAACUGAAGCCGUAUAGUAAGUCCGUCGAUUGGUGGGCAUUUGGCGUAUUGCUUUUUGAGUUCGUGGCUGGUCAUUCGCCAUUUUCUAUGCACAAUCGUGACGUUAUAUUGAUGUACUCGAAAAUUUGUUUAGCUGAGUAUCGUGCACCCUCGUUCUUUACGGGCCAACUAAAGAAUCUGAUUGACAAUCUACUGCAGGUGGAUCCCUCCAAGCGUUUAGGUAACUCAACCGAAGGCUCUGCGGAUAUCAAAAAUCAUCCAUGGUUUCAAGGCGUCGAUUGGUUUGCAGUCCUCAAUCAGGAAAUUAGCCCGCCCUAUAUACCGACUGUGUCUAAUAUUGAAGAUUUGUCAAAUUUUGAAAAUUUUGAGGCUAAAUCAAAAUUGAAGUCAAAAAUAAAUCGCCAUCCCGAGUUGUUUAAUAAUUUUUAA